UCUCUCUCUCUCUCUCUCUCUCGUAUAGAUACUCCUUUACUCUACCACUCUCCGAUUCCAUAUCUAUUCCGUGUUUUUCUUUCUUCUUUCUGGGUUGUCAUUGUUGUGUAUAUCUCUCUUUCCCCAUAUCUCUAUCUCUAUCUCUAUCCACUCGCAACUUCUUUGUCUUGCCGCUUUUCUCUCCCCUUCCAACAGUUACCAUUCCCUUUCUCUUGUUAGAUAAUUCACUCUUUUGAUCUUGCAUUUCAUAUCAAGGUCACACAUACGCAUUCGCACAUCAUACGCUUUUUCUUUGUUACAUAUAACACGAAACGCAACCCGAUACUGCCUAAAAAAACGUGGUUCUUGGUUAGUUGACCACAACAACAGCAACAGCAACAACCUUUGAUUUCAUGAUUCUUUGUGUUGCGCUCAGACACAGGGUCUCGUGGUUGUUUCGCAAUCAAUGCAUUUUCUUUGUCUUUCGUCUUUUUAUAAACAUUCAAGACUAGCUGCCAACAAAAAGAUAAUUUUCUCUUUCUUUUCGUUUUGUAAAACAAUGGGAUCUGCUCUUUCUUCCACUUUAUCAGAAGAGACGGAGGCCUUGAUGACCACAUCGCCCCACAAUAAUGAUAUACUAGCUCAAAAGCAACAACCGUCUUCGUCAGAAAUGAUGUAUAAUGACAGUGUCCAACAAGUCAUGCAGACGACAACAAGGACUCCAGGGGUCUCCGACAAUCAGGUGGUGCAACAGCAACAGCAAAAGCAACAGCAGCCUCAUAAAAAAUGUCAACAGGUCGCUGACGCCGUCAACCACGACGACGACGACAAGAAGAAAAGAAUAGACAAGAAAAAAGAUCGCAAGGCCCAACAAAGACGAUACCCAAAAGCCUUCAUUGCCCAGCCACGCGUACCCUCCGGCUUACCUCGUUCGCCACGCAAAAGCGACGUUCUUCGUGCCAUCGAAAGUCUCGCUCAAACCCCCCAAGAUGGGAAACACCUCUAUGCAUUCUUACGUGACUCCGUCGAAGCUACAAUCCAAAAAGUCAGAUCAGACACAUUAUUAAGCAGCAACAGUGGUCAGCAGCAGCAGCAGCAGCAGCAGCAGCAAGAACCUAUUUUAUUCUGGAAAGAUUUGGAUAAAAGAAUGCGUGACCUUGCGAUCAGUGUUCUGGUCAGAAUAACAAACAGUAUCAUACCGCUUCAUUUAUGUGAGAAUCUUUGGAUUGCUCGUUUUCUGUUGCUUAACAAAUGGAAUGAUGAAGCAGCAAGGAUGGAUCAACGGAAUCGACGACGCGUAGAAAUGCCAGCCACAGUAACAGUACGACAAAGGCGUCCACAGCUAUUACAGGAACAACAACAACAACAGCAGCAGCAACGAUCAGAUCAGCAUCAUAGUUUUAAUGAAAGUAAUAUAGUUACUGACGAUCAACAACAGCAGCAUUAUCAAGUUUCUGCAACGACGACUACUACUACUGUAGAUGAAGAUACAAUAACUAUCAGAUCAGACAGUACCGACACUUGUAGUUAUUUCAGAGAAGAAGAAGAAGAAGAAGAAGAAGAAGAAGGACGACAUCAACAAAAACGCUCUAUGAAUGAUAACUAUUACUGCAAUAUUGACAGUAGUAAGAACGGCGGCAGUGACUCCCGUAGUGCUCAUCAGCAGAGUUAUGAAAGAGAGGAGCAAUUAUAUCACGAUUACCUGCAAACAUUGAGAGAACAAGGACUUGUUGUAUCAAGCGCUGCUUCUGUGUCAACUUCAUCAUCCAUAGCAGCAACAGCAGCAGCAGUAAGAGCACCCCUGAUUGUACCAGCAUCACCAUCACGCAGUGUCUGUAGCGCCUUUUCGGGUGAUUCACCUUUUUCGGAUCCAGAAUGUGAUAAAGAAGAAGGAACAGAAUCGAAUAACAGCAGUAACAGUACUGACAACGAUGGUGCUCAUGAAUUCUCUUUUAAUGUUUCAGCUAUAGAUCUCACCAGUCUUUCCAGUUACAAUCAGCGCUAUGAUGGUGACGAUGAACAAGAAGACGACUCUAUGAUGAAAUGAUGAUGCUGAAGCGAAUUCAUAGUAUUAACAACAACAACAACGACAUUUUUUGAUACGCCUUUCGAUUCCAUUGUAAUCUGCUUUUGCGACUGACAACAGAUAAUACUAUUACGCACUCCCUACCAAUCUUCUCUCGCAUUUUCCUGUCCAUUAUAUCCUCCUGGCUUUUCCGAAAUCUAUAAUGAUAGACAUAGAUACUUAUCAUAUAUAUUUCAGCACUAUAUAUCUUACACAUGGACAGCACAAGAUAAAAUCCUCCAAUAACGAAAUGUCUGACAACAGCAAAAUAAAGAAACAGAAUGUCUAAAUG